GUGACCUCAUGUAACGUAAUUGCUUGUUGUCCCAGCCAUCUUCAUGCCGGUUCGUCAUUUACUGUGUUCCAGUGACUUCUUUUACGAGACGGCAAAAAAAGUUAAUGGAUAACAAAACUGAUCUUUUCACCUGUUCUGAUUUCAGAAGACUCGUUAUUUUCGUCUUGCUCGUCCACAUGAACCUUUACAACAUGCAUUCGUGUCUGCCCGUGCUGUGUCUCAUCUUAUCUCUGGUGGCUUCAGGGUAUUCUCUGUCCUGUAUAGAAUGCUACAGUAACACUGGCGUUUCAUGCACCGGACCUUCCAAAAUUUGUCAGUCUAACGAUGACGUCUGCAUGUCUGGAAUUUUCUCGCUUGGAGAAAUUGGGUUGUUUGGAAGAUCGUGUGAACAAGAUAAGUCGUCCUGUGGAGUAUCUGGGAGUAUCACACACAAUCAAGGAACUGUUCAGUUGGCCACUGCCUGCUGUAACACGGACAACUGCUCUCCAGCAUCGCUUAAUUUGCCCCCCACCAAUGCUCCAAAGAAUGGAUUCACCUGCUCUGUAUGUAAUGAGGUAGAUGCCGUUAAGUGUACCGCUUUUGUUACUGUGGAAUGCACCGGCCAGGAGAAAAACUGUGCCAAUGUGGUGAUGAAAGCUAACGCGCAAAGUGUUUCUAGUGUUGCUGGUUGUGCCACGGAAUCAAUCUGUACAUUUGGAAAUCAGACUUUCAACAUUGCCGGAGUAGAUAUGGAUUUAGAAAUCUCCUGUUCCGGGGCCAUAAGUCCCACGGGCAUCCCAGCAACCACGUCAACGAGCGUCAUUGGCGCCAAACUCCCCUGCAGACCUUGGUCCAUGAUCCUUGCUGUCUAUUUCAUGAUGAAAAUCACAGUCUAUGCUUCGACUUUUUGAACUUCACGAGACACCCAAGUGGACCGAGUUCCAUGAAACAUUCUAUACUAUUGACAUUGAUUUAAUGAAAUUGUCUCUGGGUUUCUUACCACCAACUUUGCUUCAAGAACAGUCAGUGCUGUUUCGGGCGCUGGAGAAACACUCCGCAUACCGGCUUUCAAAGUACAGCUUACAACUCAACACGUUCAUCAGACAAGAAGUGUUUGCCAACCAGACAGAACUAUCACAGAAUAUACUCACUUUAAUCUAAUCGCAUGAACCAAAUGUAGAAUCUUACAAAUAAAUGUCCCUUUUUUGUUAGUGUAUCAAAUCUCACAAUAAAAAUGUUUUAUUGUCUUA